GAUAGCCAGAUAGAGAGAUAGUGGGAUAGAUAGCUGAGAGAGAGAGAGAGAGAGAGACAGACAGACAGCCAGACAGACAGAGUGAGAUAGAUAGAGAGAGAUAAAGAGAGAGAGCGAGAGAAAGGGGUUCCCCUGUGCGUCAUUGCGCACGGAGCAGACAUUGGUAUUUCAUGUGUGAAGCCGCGGACAUCAACGAGGAAGUGGCGCAAAGCAGCGUCAGAACAACAACAUAAAGUCUGAACUCUGUCAAAGUGACAUGAUCAGAUUUAAAGGCUGGAGCGUCUGAAGCUUUGCGCCUCUUGCUGUGCGCCCUCGCGGUGGAUCCGGCUCUCCAAUGCCCAAAGAGUGCAGGAGAAAGAGCUCCAAGGACUCCGGGCUCCCGGGGACUGGAAUAAACGAGGGGCCCCGCUCAGAGCGACGAACAGCCGCCGCGAAGUCCCCACAGAUCUGCGAUGAUCUCCUCCAGAGAGCCGCUCAAAUCUCACCCUCGUCAGCAACCGGUGCGCCGCCGACUGCAGUGAUGGAUCAGCGCCGGGUACCGCAGGUCACCAUCACCCCGGAGGGAGGCGGCUGCUCCCGGGAGAUGCGGCAGGAGGACUGGGAUGAUGAGGUGGUCGGUACCCUGUGCAGGAAGCUGUCCAACUCCUCCAUCUCCUCCACGGGCUCCUCUGCCGUGGAGUCCGAAGAUGACUUACUGAGUGACAACGAGAGCAAAAGCAAAGGCAUCAUCGCUCUGGAGCAUCUGGUGGACACUGGAGAGAGCAAGCCGUGGUGGAAGUUAAAGACGAUCGUUCAAUGGCCGUUCAGCGCGAGCCAGAGGAGAAAACUAAACUGGGUUCAGCUCGCUGGGCAUAAAGGUAACUUCAAAGCAGCAGAUGAGGGCUCGAUUCUGAAGAAGUUCUCAGAAAACGAGAUGCAGUGUUUUGAGGAGCUGAGGGACGACGCGCUGCUCCCUUUUGUUCCUGGUUACCAUGGCGUCGUGGAGAAAGACGGAGAGUCUUUCCUCCAUAUGGCCGACCUGCUGGCAAACUUUGAACUUCCCAAUGUCAUGGACUGUAAGAUGGGAGUCAGGACGUACUUGGAGGAGGAGCUUGUUCGAGCACGAGAGCGGCCCAAGCCGAGGGAGGACCUGUACAAGAAGAUGGUGGAGGUGGACAGCGAAGGGCCGACUCCCCAGGAGCACGCUCAACGAGGCGUCACCAAGCCGCGCUACAUGCAGUGGCGAGAGACCAUGAGCUCCACCAACACCCUGGGCUUCAGGAUAGAAGGGAUCAAGAAAUGUGACGGUACAUGUCAAACUGACUUCAAGAAAACCAGAUCGAAGCAGGACGUCAUCCAUGUGUUCGCCGACUUUGUUGGCGGGAACGUUAACAUCAUAAAGUCUUACCUGAGCAGACUGACGGAGAUCCGGCAGGCCCUAAAGACAUCAGAGUUCUUCAGACGUCACGAGGUCAUCGGCAGCUCUCUCCUCUUCAUCCAUGACCACAAGGGCAAUGCACAGGUCUGGAUUAUUGACUUUGGAAAGACCACAGCUUUACCAGAGGGCCAGAUGUUAAACCACGAUAUUCCCUGGAAGGAAGGCAACCGUGAGGAUGGUUACCUGUGGGGGCUGGAAAACCUCGUCCACACACUGGAGUCCGUGAGCAUCAGAGGGAACGGUGACCAAACCUGUUGCUCACUUACCAAAGAAAACAGCCAGAUGGUAGAAACAGAUGGCCAGUGACCUUUGACCUAUGAAUGCAUGCAAAGAACUCAAACUAUUUUAAUGGACACCAAAUAGAGAACCCCCCCCUAAUACCCUUAGGGGGGGUUUCCACAUAUGUCGAUAUGAUUUGAGGUCUCUGUAUGAGUAGUGUUAAAACGAUUACGAUGAGCUCCUGCAGUAAUCCAAGGAUCUGGCUUUUACCAGUUUAGGUAAUAGGGGACCAUAUAUGGCACUGAAAGGUUUGGUAGUAACACUGACAAGAAAAGACACUGAACUGAGAGGAGCCGAGAAUUUGUCGCUAGUUUGUGCAAAUGAACUGACACUAAUUCAGCUUCCUGCAACGUGGACAGAGAUGAAAGUGAAGCAUUUUUUGACUUUCAGUUAAAGAGAUGGAAUGUUGCUUGUGAAGGUAAAGCUCAGAAAAUGAUGUCAAGGAGUAAAUCCCAAACUCAGGGACACCUCGGAUCAUAGAUUGUAUAUUAAGAUGGACGGCAUGUCUCCACUUUCUCCAACUAUCGAGAAAUGAAGCCCAAAUAUCCCAGAUACCAGCACAUUCGGAGCCAGAGUUGCAGGAAUGAGCCGUGGUAUCAAAGUCCCGUCUAUGUGACAAAUUUCAACCAAUUGUCAACCAAAUCAGUCUCAGCUGACAAUCAUGACAUUUAAGCCCGUUAUUUUUUUUGUAUUAAACAACUAAGACAUAACUAACCAGAAAAAAUGCUUUUUAAGUUUAGCUCAUGUCCCAUCUGCUAACAUGGAUAAGGUGAGUAUGGCUUCACUUUCUGGGAGCUGUAACGUUGUCCAUCUUUAUAUACAGUCUAGGUUUUAUACUGUCAACCUUCAUGUUACAAACCUGGGUGUGAUAUUAAAGCACAAUUUAUUUUCAGUAGAGACUGGGUCAUAGUUCGUAUAAUCAUACAACUACAACAUUAUCACACAUUGUCAGUAUAGUACUGCAUAACUAUAAGACUGUAUCAUGUGUAUCACAGUGUCACUGUUUUGUUCAACUGUUAUGUAUUGCCUAUCAAUUUAUAUUUCUGUUAUUGAUUUUAUUCAUGUAAUCAAACUUUGUGCUGCUGCAGAUAUAGAUGCUGCACGGUUUGUUACAGCCCAUUUUAUUGGUUUAUCGGUAUAUUAGAAGUAAUGUGCAAAUUAAAUGAAUGGAAAUAAACACAGAAUAAAAAGGGACAAUAGAUAUUUUUAAUUUUCAAUAGUAAAACACUAUUUUCGAGUAUUUUAUAUAUUAGUCGGGACUGAGUUUGCACCUGUAACUGUUACUAGUACAAACCUGUGGGUAAAUAAUGGAACUUACACAGAUGAGAUAAAUAUAUGAUGAUUUAUUUGGGGCACAUUAAGGUAAAAGAUUAAAGUUUGAAAGACCGUAUAUUGCAUAGAAUGUCUUUGCACUGUUGGUUGAGGUUUAACACCCUUGGCUACUUAAAGAAUAAAGAAAAAAAUCCGCCAGGCCUUAAAAAAAUAUACACUGUGAGCAAGAGGUGCUUGUAAAAUAAAUUCCACUGAAAUCAA